AUGAACGCGCUGCAGGGGGAGGGGAAGGAUUACGGAAAGAAGGAGGUGCUGUAUCCGGAUUUCGAGCGCACGUCGAGCGGGCUGCAGUACAAGGACAUGAAGCUCGGAAACGACGACGCGGCGACGUACGAGGGUAAAUCUGGGAAAACGGCGGUGGUGGAUUGGGAUGGGUACACGAUCGGGUACUACGGACGACCGUUCGAGGCGAGGAAUAAAUCCAAGGGCGGGGCGUUCACGGGGGACGAGAAGGACUUUUUUCGAUUCAAGGCGGACGACGAGAAGGUGAUCGGCGCGUUUCGAGAGGCGAUCGAGGGAAUGAAGGUGGGGAGCAUUCGAAGGAUUAUCGUGCCCGCGAAUAACGCAAAGUUGGGGUAUCCCGAUGGAAAGAAGUGGCGGACGAUGCAGCCGCAACCGGCAAACUUUUCGGGCGAGCGGGCGUUGGGAUUCGUGCUCGAAAAUCAGGGCAUGAUUGACAAGACUCUAUUGUUUGACAUCGAACUCCUCGCGAUUCGCUGAGGAGCGCGCGCGUCGUCAACACGGGUUGGGGUCAACUUUUUGUACACCAAGCGCUUCGCGUCGGGCGCGAAGCGGGCAAUUACCUUGUUUUAAUAAACAUCCAUCCAGUUUGGCGUCAAUUCGGCGGGUACAUCGGAGCGUACACGCCCGCGGCGAACAUCGGAUGCACCGCCGGCACCGCGCCGUUCGGCACGCCGGCGGCUGGCAUUUCCCCCGCGGCGAAGGCGCGCACCAGGCUCUUCGCCGCGGCGAUAUUGCUCUCGUGGGGACCCUUGAGCUCGACCGCGCUCGUAUUCGUCUCGGGAUCGGUUUCGAUGAGGGACACUUGACAUCCCGAAAUUUGCGCGAUGGUCGAAAUGUUGUUCCCAUGAUCGCCCAACACGUUCGACACGGCCUCGCCCUCGACUUCGACCGUUUCGUGAAUCAUCGGCGGCGGCAUCGCGGACGGUGGAACCGCGGGCAUCAUGUACAUCGGAGGCAUGGGCGGCGCCGCCAUCAUCGCCGGCGUGAUGCCGACGAUGGCGGGAUCGGCGAACGCCAUGGCCGCCGCCGCGUUCGCCGCGUACUCCGAGCGCAUGUCCCUCGGCGCCGCGACGGUCGGCUGAUAAUACCCCAACACGCUCGAAUCCACCAAAAAGUCUCUGAGCAAAUCAAACACGAGCUCCGCCGCCGCGCGCACGUCCUUCCUCGGCCCGUGAAUCUCCACCACGCGGUCCUCGCUCGUGGCGCACGGAGGCACCUGCCCGACUUCUUGCACCGCCACGUGCGCCCCGUUCGCGAGCAAUCGAAUUUUUCUAAUAUUUUCCCCACCCUUCCCGAUGAGAUGCCCCGCCUGACCCGCCGGCACGAGCAAUCUCAGCGCCACGUGCGUCCUUCGCGGCGCCCCCGUCGUCUCGCCGUCGUUC